AGAUGAACCAAUUCCAAGUGGCAGUCCAUUAGAGUUAUGAACAUGAGGUUGAUAAUUGAUAUGGCCGUUGGUUUUCCUCUAGGAGAACCCCAAAAAGUAAGGGAAAUCAAAAGGUGGGAUCUUGGGAAUUGGGAUGGCUUCUGCUGUGGACGGCUUCUUAUUACUAAAUUUAAAGCCACAAUCUCUCCUCACCAAACCUACAAACGUUUCUUUGUACUUUGGGAAAAGGGCACCGUCUCUUCAAAUUCGAGCAGAUUCCAUGGCUACUGAGAGGCUGGGGAUCAAAGUUGAGAAGAAUCCAUCUGAAUCUAAGCUUACUGAACUCGGCGUUCGUCAAUGGCCUAAGUGGGGUUGUGGACCAAGCAAAUUCCCAUGGACAUAUUCAGACAAAGAGACAUGCUAUCUGCUAGAAGGAAAGGUAAAAGUUACUCCUGCUGGAUCAAAUGAAUCUGUUGAGAUUGGCGCUGGGGAUUUGGUUGUGUUUCCAAAAGGAAUGAGCUGCACUUGGGAUGUCUCUGUUGCUGUGGAUAAGCACUAUAAGUUUGAAUAGAACUUGUGGUGUGUAUGAACUAAUGCCUUUUUGAAUGUUGAUGAACUCUUCUUCCAUGACUGCUUUUCUUGUUGAACCAGAUUUCUAGGUUCUAUUAUUGAAUUGCUUCUGGAACAAACUGAGCUAAUAUGAUGAAUCUAAUAUCACGUUUGAGAUUGCUGGUUGUUGAGA